AUGGCCGGCGUUUUGCUCGGCGACGGAGGCAGAGGAAGCAUUGCUGGUGGCUACCUGUGGGAUGUGCUGGAACAGACUGACCAGACAGACCCUGGCGCUGGCCCUGGCCCUGGAAGGGAGUUACUCGACAUCCUUGGAGGAGCGACAGAGCUGCUGGUGUUGUAUGGAUUGACUCCUUGCGUGGUUACAGAGCCAGCUAGUUACCAGGAUGAGAUGAUAGUUGACGACGGCACUCACCUGGCUAACUUGCAGGCAUUCUUAUUACUACUGACUAGUUAG